AGAUGAUGUACCACAAGCUUCUCCUUGAACCGCUCUUUACAGUCCACUCUCAAAGAUACACCAGAAGAACGACAUCUACAUCAACUCAGCUCAUUUCAUUUCAGGUGAAAACGUGAAUGCCAAGAAUGGAAAGCAACAAGGUCAUGUCAACUGAGAAAGCUACAGUUAUCGUCCAAGUAAAGCCACACGUGAAAGAUAAUCUUAUUUCUGAUGAAAAUCAGCAGGCCUUUGGAGCAUAUCACAAUGCCAAUCUUAAAACAUUUUUAAGAUCACAAACAAAGGCACUAGGGACUGUCCAGAUUAAGAUUGGAGUGGUGUUUUUCUUGUUUGGUAUCGUGUGCAGCUUCAGUACCUUCGAAACACCAAUUUUUAUCUUCAGUGGCAUCAGCUACUGGGGAUCCGUUAUCUACAUCAGCGCUGGCUCUCUGUCUGUUGUCGCGCAGGAUAAACUUCAUCUGUGUGUGGUGAAAGCCUCUCUUGGAAUGAAUGUGAUCAGUUCCGUAACUGCAGUGGUUGCCAUUUUUCUGAUGACCUCAGAUAUAUAUCUACUUUCAGUACACUCUCACAAAAAAUGUAAGAGCUAUGAAAUCUUGAUAUUCGGAGCAUUGCUGGUGUUCUCCUUCCUUCAGUUUAUCAUCUCCAUCUUCAUCUCAGGAUUUGCCUGCAAAGCCACCUGCAACACAGACUCUACAGUGGUCAAUGUGGGACUAAACCGGGUAAGAAAUGCUGAGUCAAAGUGAGAAGAUCCUGAUCUCCAAAUAUCGCAAGGAGCUAAUAACUCAUAUUGUUGCUUCUGAUAACUCAAGCCAGUUUUGCAAAUGUAUAAUCAUUUUCUUCAUCAUGUCAUUUAGGAGUCAUGUCGUUUGUGGUCAAAACAGAAUGGAAGCUGUGUAGUUAAAUAAAAUAAAAUAAAAUAAA